UGCCCUUUUCAAAAAUGGCCAUAGAGGCGCAGCUGGGCGGAACCGCUCUGGGCCACGCCUUUGGUCUCGUUGGUGGGGCUAGGGGCAUGAGAGCUGCACCGCGCGGGACAAGUCGGCGGCCGCCCCCGACGGAGCAGAAGAGUGAACAUGGAGCUGGAGAAGAUUGUCAGCUCAGCCCUCCUUGCCUUUGUCCGGACACAUCUCCCCGAGGCUGACCUCAGUGGUUUGGAUGAUGUCAUCUUUUCCUAUGUGCUUGGGGUCCUGGAGGACCUGGGCCCCUCUGGCCUAUCAGAGGAGAACUUCGACAUGGAGGCGUUCACUGAGAUGAUGGAGGCCUAUGUGCCUGGCUUCGCCCACAUCCCCAGGAGCAUAAUAGGGGAAAUGAUGCAGAAACUCUCAGGGCAGCUGAGUGAUGCCAGGAACAAAGAGAACCUGCAACCCCAGAGCUCUGAGAUCCAAGGUCAGGUGUCUACUCCCCUAGAUUCCCUGCAGAGGUCUGAAAAGCUCAAAGAAGAGACCAAGUCAUCUUCCACAGCUGCUGGGGACACCCAAGAUAAGGCAGUAGGUGCUGAGGAGGAGCUGCUGCCAGGGGUAGAUGUACUCCUGGAGGUGUUUCCCACCUGUUCAGUGGGGCAAGCCCAGUGGGCACUGACCAAAGCUCGGGGGGACUUGGAAGAGGCUGUGCAGAUGCUGGUUGAGGAGAAAGAUGUCCCCAAUAAGGACCUGCCCAAGCGCCUCAGAGACCCCCAAAAGGAUGAGCUAAAGUCUUUUAUUCUGCAGAAGUACAUGAUGGUGGAUAGCGCAGAGGAUCAGAAGAUUCACCGACCGAUGGCUCCCAAGGAGGCCCCCAAGAAGCUGAUCCGCUACAUUGACAACCAAGUAGUGAGCACCAAAGGGGAGCGAUUCAAAGAUGUGCGGAACCCAGAGUCCGAGGAGAUGAAGGCCACAUACAUUAACCUUAAGCCAGCCAGAAAGUACCGCUUCCACUGAAGCUCAUGCCAGAUACUGCCUGAGCCUUCCCAGUCCAGAUGCCAGAGGGAUGCAGGAGCCCGAUGCUCCCAACAGGGGUCUCCUUAAGUUUCAACUCUUUUCUUUACUUCAUUGCCCACAGUGUUAACCUCCUCUCAGAGCUGCCCAUGGGAACAGUAAAGGUG